AUGUCAAGCACAAACCUUUCAUCUGUAACAGAAUUCAUCCUUGUUGGCUUUCCUGGUCUCGAAAACCAAGAAAGUAAAACUAUUCUAUCAGGAGUCUUCCUCACAAUCUACUUGCUUAUUCUGCUGGGAAAUCUUCUGAUCAUACUAAUAUUUGCAAUGGACAAAAGCCUCCAGAUGCCUAUGUACAUACUCAUUUCCAGCUUAGCUUUUUUAGACCUAAUCGUUGCCACAGUCACUAUUCCCAAAAUGGUAGCAAUCUUCAUGAUUGACAAUCGGAGUAUCUCUUUUGCUGCAUGCUUUGCACAGCUCUUAUUCCACCAUGGCCUGGUCACAGCUGAGUCGUUUCUUCUAGGUCUCAUGGCGUAUGACAGAUAUGUUGCUAUCUGUCACCCAUUGCACUACUGCAACAUUAUGACAAAUCUUGGUGCAUGUAAGCUAAUAGUUUGCUGCUGGAUAGGUGGGUUUCUUGGCCCAACGAUUCCCCUAAUCUUAGCUCUCCGGCUGCCCUUCUGUGGACCCAAUAAAGUCAUCCAUUGUUUCUGUGACCACAUCUCUGUAAUCCGACUUGCUUGUUCUGAAACUCUUGUCAAUAACUACGUUGCCUUAUCCAUAUCUCUGUGCUCGCUGUUCUUCCCGCUCUUAUAUAUCCUGUAUUCAUAUGUCAGAAUUGUUAGAUCUGUACUGAAGAUCGCCAGCUCCGAGGAAUGUGUGAAAACCUUCUCCACCUGCAUCACACACAUUGUUGUCAUUUCCAUCUUUUUCUUGACUGCUGCCAGCAUCUACAUCUCCUACCGAAUUCCUGGAACCUCUGCAGACUUGAGGAUCAUGGCGGCGCUCAUUCAGAAUAUGUUUCCACCUCUGAUCAACCCCAUGAUAUAUUGUUUGAGGACAAAAGAGAUCAGGGAGAGCAUCUUAAGAAUUCUGAGAAGAAAUCAAAUAUUUAUAACAUAA